ACCGAUGCGAAACCAAUCUGUCAUGGUCAUGGCGUUCGGUGAUGUUGGUGUGCAUUCUGUGCACAGUAAAACAUAAAUAAUGAUUCUUAGAACGAAUAUUUUAGUAAUGUGCGAUAGAAAAUCCCGUGCUUAUUCCAAAAUAUCAUGAUCAACGCGUGAGAUAUAAUUUAGGGUUAAGUGUGCGUUAAAAUGGACAAGAAAAAUGCCAUUCGGAGAGGCAAGAGGCCCUCCAAAGUUCUCGAAGAAAAUUAUUGGGAUUGCAGCGUUUGUACAUACAGAAAUAACGCCGAAGCCUUCAAGUGUUCAAUGUGUGACGUUAGAAAAGGUACCUCAACCCGCAAGCCGCGCAUCAACCCGGCGCUGGUGGCGGCGCAGGCGGCCGGCACCGCGCCCACCAGCUCGCAGAAGCGGCCGCGCUCCGCCAACUCGCUCAAGAAGAAACGACGCCCGCCGCGCCUCAACAACGUGGACAGAAGCUCUGCACAGACCAGAGAGGUAACCGUAAGCGGGGUGACGGUUGUGAUAACAGAGUAUAAACCCAAGAAGUCUGUCACCAGCAGUUCCAGUGACGUUGAGUCGUCCAACGACGCACAGCCUUGAUCUCAAUCUCACGCCAGGUAACAAAGCAGAUGGUUCCUUGAGGGUAGUUGAAAACAACAGAUUAUUCCCUGAGGGUAGGUACUUGGAAAAUCUUACAAUUCAUACACUAAAUAAGUGCUAUGGAAGUUGGAAAAGUGGACAGUAACUGCUUGACUACGGAGGGAGACGUCUGGAUUACGUAAGUGCUUCGCCUCGUGCACCGCAUCUCAACCUGGUUAUUUCUAGCGUAAAUUAUCUAAUUGUACUGAUUCUAAUCCCUACUAAAUUUUAAGUAUUCGCAUCUUUUUCUUAUCAAUGUAACAAGAAAAGGACAGGCAAACUUAUUUGAAUUUAGAACUGUCAAACCUCGUGCUUGUAGGUGCCAGUCUUGAGCAUAGUAUUUUUUGUAGCUAAAAUUUAGUUUUUAAUUUAAUCUUCAUCUUCCGUCCUUUUUUUAGUAAUAUUGGAAAGAAAAAGAUGCAGAUACUCUAAAUUUAGUUUACAGAAAAAUAUCAGAAUCGGGCCAAUAUCGUGAUUUCUCUUAUCGUUCUUAGCUCCUUGACAUGUGAUUGAAACUGAUAGUUCGUUGACAGUAGAUCGAAAAAUGUAUUCACAACUAUGAUGUACUAAUUUUGAAAAUACACAUAAUCUUAGAGAAUAAUUGCGUUUGAGCUCUGAGGUUUAGAGGUAUGCAGAUUGAAGAUUCUUUUUAUUACUUUCUUAGUUUCGGUAUCCGGGUAUAUCUUGAAUAUAAAAGCUUAAUAUCUACAAGGCAUUGGUUUUUUAAAAUA